AUGGCGUUCUCACCGCAAGCAUUGUUGCCGUAUGUCGUGCUUUUCGUCGCAGCUGUUGGAGGAUGGAAGGUCUACAGCAGUGGAUCCAAGAAGGUGCUGAAGCCCAAUGAGUUCCAGGAGUUUGAGCUCGAGGAGAAGACUGUCCUUUCGCACAACACCGCCAUCUACCGCUUCAAGCUUCCACGUAAGACCGAUAUCCUCGGCCUCCCCAUCGGUCAGCACAUCUCCCUCGGCGCCACCAUCGAAGGUCAGCCCAAAGAAGUCGUUCGCUCGUACACGCCCAUCUCCUCCGAUGAAGACAAAGGCCACUUCGACCUCCUCAUCAAGUCGUACCCCACCGGAAACAUCUCCAAGUAUGUCGCGAACCUCAAAGUCGGCGAGAAAAUGCGCGUCAAGGGCCCCAAGGGCGCAAUGGUCUACACACCCAACAUGGUCAGGCACUUCGGCAUGAUUUCAGGCGGCACCGGCAUCACUCCCAUGCUGCAGGUCGUCAAGGCUAUUAUCCGGGGCCGCGGCCAGGGCGACACUACCGAGGUCGAUCUCAUCUUCGCAAACGUAAACCCCGAGGACAUUCUGCUCAAGGAGGAUCUCGAUGCGCUUGCAGCAAAGGACCCCAAGUUCAGGGUACACUACGUGCUCAACAACCCUCCAGAGGGCUGGACCGGCGGCGUUGGAUUCGUCACUGCGGAUAUGAUCAAGGAGAAGUUGCCUGCGCCUGCCAGCGACGUCAAGAUUCUGGUUUGCGGUCCUCCUCCUAUGGUUGCUGCGAUGAAGAAGGCGACUGAGAGCUUGGGCUACGCAAAGGCUAAGCCAGUCAGCAAGCUCGAGGACCAGGUCUUCUGCUUCUAA